GCUCCGCUGGCGGAUGGCGGCUCCCUGCAGCCCGGAGAGCGGCCCGCCGGGGGAUCGGCCCCGCGUCUACUUCCAGAGCCCCCCGACGGGAGCAGGGCCGGGGGCGGCCGGCGGGGAAGCCGGCGCCGAGGACGAGGAGGGCCCCGUGCGCCGCCAGGGACGGGUGACGGUGAAAUACGACCGCAAGGAGCUGCGGAAGCGGCUGCACUUGGAAGAGUGGAUCCUGGAACAGCUGACCGUCCUCUACGACUGCCAGGAAGAAGAAAUUCCCGAAUUAGAAAUAGAUGUGGAUGAGCUUUUGGACAUGGAAAGCGACGAAUCGCGGAGCGCCAGGGUGAAGGAACUUCUGGUUGAUUGCUACAAGCCCACAGAGGUUUUCGUAGCCGACUUGCUAGACAAGAUCCGAGGGAUGCAGAAACUAAGCACCCCGCAAAAGAAGUGACCUCCUGACCUCGUGAGCGACCGUCCGGCGUGGCCCCGGCCAUUCGUGGCCCGUUGUGUCGCUGAGAUGUUGGCAGUGCUGGGGUUUCACGGAUUGGGGUGGGUGGGUGGGGAGGGGGCGGCUUUCACAGGGCUGGGGAG